CUUCAGAGCUCAGACCACAACUUCCCCUCUGUGAGGUUAAUGCAAUACUUAAGUCUUCACAAGAACAUACGAAACUAAAAAGACCACAACUUGUUGAGUUUGCCGCUUGUUGAAAGAGCCCAGUCCUGUGUUUCUGUUAUCAUGGCCGUGUGGGGCAGGAGCCCGUUGCUGGUGGCUGCUCCUCUGUGGAUGUGUUUUGGCAGCGCUGCUGCCUCUCUUCCGGAACCGUAUGUUUGUUAUGUGCUGGAUGGGAUCCUGUUUUUGUACGGCCUCAUCCUGACAGCUCUCUACUGCAAAAUUAAGUUCUACGGUGCCAAGCCAGCUGGCCCUGCAACAGGAAAGCCGAAGCAGCAGAAUGCUGAAGAGGGCAUCUAUACUGGUUUGACCCCUCAUGCCCAGGACACGUAUGAAACCAUCGGCAUGAAGAAGUGAAGAGUUUGAGUGCAAGAUUGACAUUUUCUACCUGAUUGCUUUGUUUUUUUCUUUUCCCAUUUAAAUAAUGAAUAUUGUCCAUGGCAUAGAUAUUGAGAGAAUGUGAAACUGUGAGCAACAGUUUUCAUUUCCCUUUUGCUUAUUCAGAAUCUGUGGGAGGUUAAAUUAAGAAAUACGAGAGAAAGAGGGAAGUUGAGAUCAGAAUGGGCAUUUCUCGGAAACGAGUGUUAGAUACGUUUUUUUUUUCUGCUGUGUGAUAUUACAUUUUUUAAGACGUCAGUUUUCCUAUAUGUGUGAAUGUGUUUCAAUAAAUAAGACAUGAAUUCCCUGUACCUCUUGUGUACCUUUUAAGUUGUAUCGCUUGCAGGGGUUGAAAAUCGCCUGGAAAUGGAAAAACAUAUUUGUCCUGUUUUGAGUUGUGUUACUCAGACGUAAAAGACUGUUGAGGAAGAGGAGCUGUAUUUCCAGUACACCACAGGAUGGCAGUGAUGGUGUGGUCCUUACCUGUCCACAUUCACAAAACACACACACACACACAGCAGGGAGAUCUGAAAGAAAUCACACAGCCUGCUGAUAGAAUACAUCCAUUUUAUCAAAUUACUUUGAACUACAGUGUAGUAAAUGAGGACAACCACAAUUAUGUUUCAACACGGAGAGACGAACCUCCUGCCACAAACAACUUCAUACAAAUAAUUAAAAAGUUAUAAUUUCACGAAGCUCAUGAAGGUGUCCUGCAUGUCAGUCUGAAAAGGAUUUAGCUGUGUCUUUAACGUGGACCCAAUAAACGUGACAACUGUGAAAACUGUGUGAUCAAUUUGGGACAAACCAUAGACAUGACUGCUCCCCAAAUAUGAAGCCGCAAUGUCUUGAACGCCACCUGGGGGCUGGCUGCAGUAUAGGUCAAAAAACCCUGCCUCCUCCAUGUUAAUUAAUGGGAUGUGGACUGAUGUACAUGUCAAAUAAAGGUUUGAUGAGUUCUUAUCA